AUGGACGGAACCUUUGAUAUUGCACCUGCUCCUUUUAAACAAGUUUACUUGAUACAUGCCGAAAAAUUUGGUCAAGGACUGCCCGUUGCAUUUUGUCUCUUGCCAAAUAAACGUGGUAGAACAUACCUGGAAUUAUUUGAACGACUAAAGGAACAAGCUAUUUUAUUGAAAACCAAAUUUGAUCCAAAACGUAUCAUUACAGAUUUUGAACCUGGUUUGUUACCAGUUAUACAACAAGAAUUUCCAUUUGCUAUUCACUCUGGCUGCAUGUUUCAUUUUAACCGAGCAGUUCACCGAAAAAUCACUGAUCUAGGUUUAGCAAGUGAUUAUCUACAUAAUGAAGCCAUGCGUAAUCAAUGUCGACAAAUCAUGGCUUUAAGUCUUAUGCCGAUAGAGCAAGUGCGUAGUCAGUUUCAACGUCUGGAAACAAUUACAUGUGCAGCAUUAAGUGAUUUAUUAUUAUACUUUAAAAAUCAAUGGGUACAUGGCGUUGUUCCGAUUUCAAUGUGGAAUUUUUUCGACGUUAUUCAUCGUACUAAUAACAUAUCGGAGGCGUAUAAUCUUAGAUUCUCCAGUCGAUUAUCCAAGAAGCACCCGAAUAUAUGGUGUUUUAUACAGUUGAUUCAAAGUGAACAUGUUCGCUUUGAACACAUUUUAAUUCAACUAGAAGCUGGUGCAUCUCCACCAAAACAAUCAAAAAAAACCAUUUCCUUUCAAAAAAGAUUUGAAACUGUAAAAGAAAGAUUCAUUCAACAACAGAUAAACGCUAAUGAACUUUUAUCAAGUCUAUCCUUAUUAAUUGGAAAGAAAAAACAAUAA